AUGGUGGUCGACCAGACCGCCGAGCACGUGGUCGAGCCCAACGGCAUCGAGACCGACAGUCUCGCCAUCAUCAACCCCGACGAGACUGACCAGGUCCUGCCUGAUGCUAGCGAUUAUGAGGCUUUGAAAGAAAUCGUUCUCCCCCCACUGAUCGAGGAACCUCGGAUACUGGAAGAUGUGGUUGACACAUGGACCGUUGAGUCUUGGAGAGCGCUGGCUAAGAAAGAGCAUGGCCCAGUUUUUCAGGCCGGUGGUUUCCCAUGGCGCAUCCUACUAUUCCCCUCGGGCAACAAUGUCGACCAGUGCUCGAUAUACUUGGAACAUGGCUUCGAGCCGAAUAACGUGCCCGAAGACUGGAGCUGCUGUGUCCAGUUCGCAUUAGUCCUAUGGAACGCCAAGGACCCUACAAUAUACACGCACCACUCUGCCCACCAUCGCUUUACCAAGGAGGAGAGUGAUUGGGGAUUCACAAGGUUCCUGGAGCUCAGGAAGAUGUUCAAUGUUCCUUGGGAAGGCUCGGAUAGACCGCUUGUCGAAAACGACACUGCCAACAUCACAGCCUAUGUCCGGGUUGUGGAGGACGAAACAGGGGUUUUAUGGCACAACUUCAGCAACUACGACUCGAAGAAGGAGACGGGAUACGUGGGCCUGAAGAAUCAAGGCGCCACAUGUUACCUGAACUCGCUUUUGCAGUCGCUCUACUUCACCAACGCCUUCCGAAAGGCUAUCUACCAGAUCCCCACACAACACGACGAGAGCAUGAGCAACAGCGCCUACACAUUGCAGAGGUUAUUCUAUCAACUUCAGACCUCGGAUGCCGCUGUCAGCACAAAUGAGCUCACGAAGUCCUUUGGUUGGGAGACGCGGCACAUAUUUGAACAACAGGACGUCCAAGAGCUCUCUCGUAAGCUAAUGGAGCGGAUGGAGGAUAAGAUGAAGGGCACCGAGUAUGAGAAGGCUCUGCCACAGAUGUUCAGUGGCAAGAUCAAGACGUAUAUCUCAUGCAUCAACGUCCCCUACGAAUCGAGCCGGAUAGAAGAUUUCUGGGAUGUCCAGCUGAAUGUCAGCGGAAACAAGAGCCUGCUGGAAAGUUUCCAGGACUACAUCCAGGUGGAAAAGCUGGACGGGGAGAACCAGUAUUUCGCCGGCGACGAGUACAAGCUUCAGGACGCGAACAAAGGGGUCAUCUUCCAGAGCUUCCCCGAGGUUCUCAACCUGCAGUUGAAGCGCUUCGAAUACGACAUUCAACGAGACACCAUGAUGAAGAUCAACGAUAGAUACGAAUUCCCCGAGGAGUUCGAUGCAUCGCCCUUCCUCGACAAGGAUGUUGACAUGUCGGAAUCCUGGGAGUACCAACUUCAUGGCGUGUUGGUCCACAGUGGGGAUCUCAAUGCAGGCCAUUAUUAUGCAUUCUUGAAACCCAACACGGAGGGAUGGUGGUAUAAGUACGAUGAUGAUAAGGUCACCAAGGCGACGAGGCGCGAGGUCCUCGAAGAGAACUUUGGUGGCGAGUUCCGCUUCCCAAAUGACCAUGUGCGCCCCGUCAUACAGAAGAAGACCCCCGUCAUGAGGCCCAAUAGUGCCUACAUGCUGGUGUACAUCCGGAAAUCCAGGCUCGACAAGAUCCUCACUCCCGUUAAGGCGGACGAUACCCCAAAACACCUUCAACAACGACUCGAGGAGGAAAUAGCUGCCAGAGAAGCUAGGAAGAAGGAGAAGGACGAGCAGCACCUGUAUCUAGGUGUCAAGGCCAUAACAGAGGAGACCUUCCGACAUCAUGGCGGGACUGACAUGGGCACAUUCGACCCCUAUGCCGAUCAGGAUCCAGCAGCCCCGCGAUUCUACCGAAUCCUGCGUGCCGCAACGAUGGCCGAGGUAGUUCGCACCAUCGCCGAUGAUAUCGGGCAAGAUCCGCGACGGGUGCGCCUGUGGAUCAUGGUGAACCGUCAAAACAAGACCAUCCGUCCCGACCAACCGGUGAUGGAUCUGAGACCAACCGUCGAGGAAACGUAUAGCCGCACUGCGGCUCAUCGAGAUCAGGCCUUGAGGGUAUGGGUCGAGGUUGCCGAGGAAGUGAAUGCUGAUGGCGAAGCGAUCUGGCCGACAUACCAAGGCCAGACCAACGGGGUCGUCGUCAAGAACGACCUCAUCUUGCUGUUCCUAAAGUGGUUUGAUGUCGAGUCCCAGUGCCUCAAGGGUGCCGGUCACGUCUAUAUCAGUAAGGAGAAGAAGAUAGAAGACCUGGUGCCGACCAUUACGAGGAAAAUGGGCUGGGGCGACAAACUUCCUUCAGACGAGAAGAUCAUGUUAUGGGAGGAAAUUAAACCCAGCAUGAUCGACGGCCUCAAGGCCAAGCAAUCUCUCAAGGCAGCAGAGCUCCAAGAUGGCGACAUUGUCUGCUUCCAGCGCGUGCAUGAGCGCAGGUCGAGACUAGGCCUUGGCGACAACAAAUCCUCCGAGGAAGCCAACAAGGCCUCGGACCGGUUUGAAGACGCACGGGAGUACUACGAUUUUCUCUUGAACAAGAAGACGGUCAAGUUCCAUGCUCAUCCUGCGAAAUGCGAUCCGACAAAGUACCCGCCCUUCGAGAUAGUGCUGAACUCGAGGAUGAGUUACGAUCGGUUAUCAGAGAAGAUUGGCGAGCGACUAGGCGUCGAGCCGACGCACCUCCGUUUCUAUACCGUCAAUGCGAGCUCCGGCAACCCCCGAGCGGCGGUAAAGCGAGGCCCAAAUCAAACACUCAAUACCAUAUUGAGCCCCGGCGGCUAUGGGCAGCUGAAUAUGAACCAGCGGGGCGAUGCUUUGUACUUCGAGGUCCUGGACAUGAGCCUAGCAGAGAUGGAUACAAAGAAGAACAUCAAGCUCACGUACCUUAGCGAAGGGAUCACGAAGGAGGAUGCCUACGAUGUCCUUGUCACAAAGAGCGGCAACGUCGAAGACCUCAUCCAGGCUCUUAUCAAGAAAGCCAAGAUGCCGAGCGAGGAGGAAGGCGGGAAGAUACGGAUCUAUGAGACGAGUGGUCACAAGUUCUUCCGAGAACUCGAUCGCAAUUACCCCGUCAUCAGCAUCAACGACUAUACAAACGUUGUCGCCGAGCGUAUACCGGAGGAAGAGCUCGAUGUUAGCGACAGUAGUGCUUUCAUCUCGGCCUUCCACUUCCAGGCCGAGCCCAGCCGGGCCCAUGGCAUGCCUUUCAGGUUUCUACUGAAGGAGGGCGAAAAGUUCUCCGACACCAAGAAGCGUCUAGAAAAGCGAACCGGACUGAAAGGGAAGAGCUUUGAAAAGAUCAAGUUCUACGUCGUCCGCAGGUCGCACUUCUCAAGGCCACAAGCGCUAGAAGAUGACGACAUUCUCUGGGACGUCGCGGCUAGUGAAGAUGACUUCCUUGGUAUGGAUCAUGUAGACAGGUCAAGGUCAUUGCGCAACGGUGUUGGGGAUCUCUUUCUCAAAGGUUAG